AUGAAUGAGGAGAAGUCUUCAUGCCUUUCUUCACCUUGUUUAAACGGAGGAACCUGCAGCGAGAGUCCGGGCGGAUUUUCGUGCGACUGUCAGGAGAACUACGAAGGAAACACUUGCCAACUAGCCAGAUCGAUGUGCUAUUUGAAUCCUUGUGUCAACGGAGGAACGUGCCACGAUGAUCCAACAAUAGGGUUCUACUGCAUCUGCGAUCCCUGCUUCUUUGGAGAAUUUUGCGAACAAGAUUAUGAUGUUUACUACGAUAAUUCAUUUCAACAACCUACACUAGAGUUCAGUGAGCAUAACAUCACGGUCCUUGACAAGUUCUAUCUUGGGAUACCCCAACUGGUCCAUUCGACUGACUGUGAACUUCGGCAAAGUGAAUUCUUCAUCACCUUGUGGCACAUCACCCCAUCCAACGAAAGCACCCUAUCGAUGACCAUCUACCAGUUUGACACGUUAGGCAAGCUUGGUGAUCAGGAUGGAAUUGAGGUUUUCAUAGUGGCCGCAUCUCCCAUUAUACUUGACGAAAGCCAUUCAAGUGUGAAUGACAUCCGUGUUUUCUAUAAUCUUUCCAAACCAUACCAGGAGGUCGAUCUCUGGAUCCCAGGACCUAGGACUGACCCUAUGCAGAGUAAAGUGCUGUUGUAUGCCCAAGGGAAUCUCAGCAGCAUUCUCCCCUUCACUGUGAGGUCGCUUUCUGGCGAAAUGUAUUGCCUCUUUUAUAGCACAUUAGUAGGGUACGACAUUGAGCGGUACACAACUUUGAUGGCCAAGAUCUUGGCUGUUUAAUAUAGACCCAGAUCACAAAUUGUAUGGCUAUGUGUUUGAGCAUGUUGAGUAGUAGGCCUAAUAAUCCAUAAAUAACAAAUGCA